CCUGUAGUCCUAGCUGCUUGGGAGGCUGAGGCAAGAGAAUUGCUUAAGCCCAAGAGUUUGAGGUUGCUGUGAGCUGUGACACCAUGGCACUCUACCCAGGGUGACAAAGCGAGACUCUGUCUCAAAAUAAACCCAAAACCAUGAGUAUGAUAUGAAGAACAUGAUAUUUAUGAGUUGGAUAUGGGGAUUAUUUAUUCUUUGAACAAAUUUAUUAAGCACCUACUAUUUGUUAGGUAGUGUGGUACUGCAAAAUAAAUAUGUAGUCUUAGACCUGUUUUCCUGCCAUGUAAUUCCUAAAAAUCCUUAGAAUCACAUGAGUAAUGUCUUUUGUAUGGUAAUGAAUUGACUGACAGGGAGCUUGGUCACCUGUAAGACCAACACCUCAUUGGAGGAUUGAGACUUUGAACCCCACUGGCUAAGCUUCUGGGAGAGAAGAGGGGCUAAAAGUUAAGGUGAUCGCCAAGGCCAGUGGUUUAAUCAAUCAUGCCUACCUACUUAAUGAAAAGUCCAUAAAAAUUCCAAAAGGUCUGGGUGGGGGGUGGUGGAUCUUCAUGACCGCUGAACAGUGGAGGCUCCUGAGGCUGGGGUUCCCCACCUGCCUACUUGGCACCUCGCCUGACGUGUCUUUUCACCUGUAUGUAUCCUUUGUAAUUUUGUAAUAAGUAAACAUAAGUGUUUCUCUGAGUUCUGUGAGGUGCUUUAUUAAGUUAACCAAACCAAAGGAGGAGGUUUUGGGUGCCCCACUUUAUAGUUUGUCACUCAGAAACACAGGCCCCAGGACUAGGCCUCAACUUGUGGAACUUCACGCUGUCUUGGGUGCAUAGUGCCAGGAUUGAACUGGGGGAUGUAUAGCUGGUGUCCACUGCAGAACUGAUUCUUGCUUGGUGUAUGGGGAAAAGGCCCAACACAUUCUGUCAUAAAGACUUCUCUGUUGGUUAUUGUGGUGUGAGACCAGAGGAAGAAUGGUCUGUGUGUUUUCCACACUCAGGUACCAGCGUAGCUGUUAAGAAUACAGCAGGGAACAAAACAGCCUAAAGCCCCUGCCCUCAUGGAACUUAGAGGCCUAAGGAAAAGAAACAACUGAUUGACAAGUGACAGGUGUGCUGUGUUAGGUAGUAAGACGUGUGAAGGAGAAAACAAAGCAGGGGAUAUGGAGCGUUUGAGAGUGAAGGUUGGUAUAUCAGAGAGGGGACCAGGGAAGGCUGCACUGGCAGGCUGGUUCUCAGAAAAGACCUGAAGAAAGUGGGGCUGCUCAUAUACAAGGAAGAGCAUUUCAGGCAACAGGACCAGCAAGUGCCUUGAAGGCUCUGAUGUGAGUGAGGCUGGCCUAAAUACUAGGGACGCAGCAUGGCUGGAGAAGAGAGAGCAGCAGGUUACUGAAGAGGAGAGGAGCGGUGUGGCUAUGUGCAUGUGGGGCUUCUACGUCACAGUAAGGACUUAGGGAUUCAUUCUGAAUGAGAUGGGAAAGGAAUGGAGGGUUUCAAGCAGAGCAGUGGUGUGUAUGAUAUUUAAUUUUAAAAGCCAUUGUGGAGGCAGGGUGCUAUGGCUUAUGCCUGUGAUCCUAUCACUUUGGGAAGGUGCUUGAGGCUAGGAGUUUGAGACCAGCCUGAGUAACACAGUGAGGCCCCACCCCUAAAAAACAACAUGAAAAAUUAGCUGAGCAUGGUGGCACACACCAGUAGUCCCAGCUACUUGGGAGGCUGAGGAGAAUGGCUUGAGCCCAGAAAUUUGAGGUUGCUGUGAGCUGUGAUGAUGCCACUGCACUCUAGCCCAGGCACCAGAGAGAGACCCUGUAUCAAAGAAAAAAUAAUGAUAAAGCAAUCCCUUGUGGUUAUUGGAGGAUUGACUUCCAGGGAUCAAGGUGAAGUAAGAUGAGUUGAAAGGCGACUGCAGUAAUCCAAGAGACAGAGGAUGGACUUUGGACCAGGGUGUGACAACGGUUGGGUGCAGACAAAUGGGUGGAUUCUAGAUGUAUUCUGAAUUUUUUUUUCCUUGGCAACUGAAGAAUAGUUGCCUGUAACAAAAAUGAGGAAGACCACAAGAGUAGACUUGCUGGAUGGGGUGAGGGUGGAGUGGUGGUGGUGGUGGAGGAACUUAGUUUUGGACAUGCUGCAUUUCAGUUAGUGAUGUCAGGUGGAUGUAGAGAGGAGAGAUCUAGUUAGAAAUUUAUAUCUGGGGAUCAUUUUCACAUAGAUGGCUUUUAAGCCUUACAUUAAAUGAGUUCACUAGGCUGUGAGUGUAUGUAUAUAGAUAGAACAGGUUAGAGGAGAACCAGGUUAAGGAAGUGUCCUGCCAUCCAAGUUAAGAAAUAAAAACAUCAGAGAGGAAAGUGGGAACAGCUGAGUCAAAUCCUGAAGUUGACAGAGUGAAAUGACAAGUAGAUUUAGUAUUCUGGAGGGGAUCGGACCUUGAUAAUCACUCUUCUAGUGGAAUGAUCAGAACAAAAACCUGAUCAGAGUAGUUUCGGGGGGGGAGAGAGAGUGUGUGUGUGUGUGUGUGUGUGUAGAGAGUGUGUGUGUGUGGAGAGAGAGUGUGCGUGUGUGUGUAGAGAGAGUGUGUGUGUAGAGAGAGAGUGUGUGUGUAGUGUGUGUGUAGAGAGAGAGUGUAGAGAGUGUGUGUGUGUAGAGAGAGAGUGUGUGUGUAGAGAGAGAGAGUGUGUGUGUAGUGUGUGUGUAGAGUGUGUGUGUGUGUGUGUGUAGAGAGAACACAAUGUAGACAAUUUUUCCCAAGGAGUUGCUCUAACUAAAGGUGAAUGAUUGAUUUAUAGCUGGAGAAACGGGAGUCAAGGGAAGUUUUUUGUUUAGAAUAAAGAUUUAUAGAAAAUGGGAAAAGCUACAGCAUGUUUCCACAUGAAGGGAGUAAUCCAGUAGAGAGAAAACCUACAGGAGAGGGAAUUGCUAGAGCAGUGCCCCCAGUAGACGAAGAAGCAAUGGAGUCCGGUGCACGUGGAGAGAGGGGAUUGGCCUUAGCUGGGGAGUAGACAAUUCAUCUAGAGUAGAUUAUUCAUCUAGAGUGAAUCAUCCUCCGUAUAGGAGCAGAGGUGGGCAGGUGCAUAGAUGUGACAUUGGGAGUCUGUGGAAGUAACUAGCUUGCUUCAGUUUUCUCAUUUUAUCAGCUAAAAGUAAAAAUGUGAGAGAAGGUAUUCACGUUUGAGGAAAGAGAAAGUAUAAAAUAGUGGCAUGAAAGAGUAUAGUAAAAAUGAACCAAGAAAAUACAGAUUGCUGACUCAUUAAGGACCCAGGUUAAGUUAAUGGGCCAUAAUUUAGAGAGAGACCAUUCGCCAUGGUUGGGUAUUUUUUUUCUUCCAGUUUCAUUUAGCUGCACAAGUUGAAUUAAAGUAUAAUAAUACUAGUACAAAAUUUAAAAUACAAUAGACCAGGAAAUUAUUGCCAUUGGAAAAAAAUAGUUUAUAUUCACGGUUCCAGAGGAGGGGGCAUACUACACCACCCAGGGCAGCCCUGAGUGAGGUCUGUCAGAAGGCAGACGGGCAUGAGGAGUGAGAGCCUUCAUCGUGGUUUUCAACAGAAGGAAUCCAUGGACCAGGGUAAACAGAUGUAGGAUUAGCUGUUCUGGAUAAUUCAGCAGGUUCUGGGGCACAGGACCCUACUGGUGAUCAGGGCAGUGUGGUGGCACACCGUGGAGCAGGGUAAACAGAUGUAGGAUUAGCUGCUCUGGAUAAUUCAGCAGGUUCUGGGGCACAGGACCCUACUGGUGAUCAGGGCAGUGUGGUGGCACACCGUGGAGCAGGGUAAACACAUGUAGGAUUAGCUGCUCUGGAUAAUUCAGCAGGUUCUGGGGCGCAGGGUCCUACUGGUCAUCAGGGCAGUGUGGUGGCACACCAUGGACCAGGGUAAACAGAUGUAGGAUUAGCUGCUCUGGAUAAUUCAGCAGGUUCUGGGGCACAGAGUAUGAGGGCUGGGUAAGAGCUCAGCUAGGGGUGUGGACUCUGAAGAGAUUUGUGUUUGGCAAGUGCACCCCUGAGGGUGGAGGCAAGAUGGGAAGCAGGGGGCCCAGGGAAGGUCAUUUGGGCAUAUUGUCCAGUUGUCCAGAACAGGGCAGAUCUGGCCUAUGGAUGUACAGCUAUGAAAGCAUCAAGUUUGCAGAAGCUAGAAACAUGUUUAAUAUACAUAUACAGGUAUAGGUUCAAAGUAAGAGGAAACUGGAACUAAUCAUGAUUUUGGUUUUGCCAGCAAGUGCAGUAAAAUAAGAAAGGUGGGCGGCGCCUGUGCCUCAGUGAGCAGGGCGCCAGCCCCAUAUACCAAGGGUGGCGGGUUCAAACUCGGCCCCGGCCAAACUGCAAUAAAAGAAUAGCUGGGCAUUGUGGCCGGCGCUUAUAGUCCCAGCUACUUGGGAGGCUGAGGCAAGAGAAUCACCUAAGCCCAGGAGCUGGAGGUUGCUGUAAGCUGUGAAGCCACGGCACUCUACUGAGGGCGACAAAGUGGGCUUCUGUCUCUAAAAAAAUAAAAGUGGUGAGGGUGAGAAUGUAAGUCAAGUGUUUUCACGAUUAACUAUCAGGGCCAGAUAUGGGUGGCUGGGCAGUGGAGGGCUGCUUCUCCCUCUCCCUAAACCUGUUUCUCAGCCAACACCUGACCCAGGUCUCUGCCCUCUUCAGGCACCAUCUCCUCCUCCUCACAGGUGUGUGGGGCGAGGGUUGCAGGUGCUGUACCCACCAUGGUUGCCGCUCAGCUGCAGCAAUUCAUUCCAUGUUGUUGCUGUUGUCUCUCCUCAGCUACUUAGAGCAGCGAUUCUCUACCUGUGGGUCGUGACCCAUAGGAACUGUAUUAAAGGGCCGCAGCAUUAAGAAGGUUGAGAACCACUGUACUAGAGUUUCCUGUUUGACCAGGAGGACGGUGACAGGGAGGAUGAGGAAAACCUGGACAAAGAUGCCUAUGACUCAGAGGUCAAGGCGUCAAGCCUUAGCAGAAUGGACUUAAAAAGAUGUGCCAGCAUUGAGACUGAAUCAGAAGAUAGCCAAGAACACAAACAGGUGCGCCUACCAGAAAGCAGCCUGACACCACAGGGGUCUGGUCUGUUGGCAAAGAUCCUGAGCAGCUGCAGCAGAAAGCUCCAGGGGAAUUAAAUCAACAGCUAGAAACAAGAAAUGGAAAAAGAAAUGGAAGACCGUGAAAACAGAAAGAGAAUUGCUGAAGAAAAGGAUGGGUUCAGAAAAAGAAUCAGCAGAAAAGAAAAAAAAUAAAUAAAUAAAGCAAUGGAGGACAGGGCGGGCGCCCCAUAUACUGAGGGUGGUGGGUUCCAACCUGGCCCCCGCCAAACUGCAACAAAAAAUAGCUGGGCGUUGUGGUGGGUGCCUGUAGUCCCAGCUACUUGGAAGGCUGAAGCAAGAGAAUCACCUAAACCCAAGAGCUAGAGGCUGCUGUGAGCUGUGACACCAGGGCACUCUACUAAGGGUGACAGAGUAGGUAAAAAAAAAAAAAAAAAAGGAAAUGGAAGACAAAGUAUAGGAACUAGAGAAAGGGAUUUGCAAGAAAAAGCAAAAGAAAAUUAUAAAGAAUGAUUAAAGAAAGAAAUCCUGAAGAAUGUGAGAAGAGGAGGAAAAAAAAACGAUGGCAAGCUGACUUACAGGAGAAAAAGAAGAUAGGGAAAUAGCAGGAAAAAAGUUUAAGAGGUGGUGGGAAAAUGCCAAAAAAUAAUCCUUGUCCACCUGCAAAGAACUAUGGUUACACCAGUGGAGAACUGACAGGUUUUUACAGUGGAAAUCCUAUCCAGAACCAGCCUUUCAUAAUCCAAUUCCAUGGAAACCAGGUCAUAUGCCCCCUCCAGAGAAGCUAAAGAUCUAUGAGGAGAAAAGGAUCAAAAAGACCUGUGAAAACUCAGCCCAAGUCAUCAUCUCUGGAAAUUCGUGAAGCUAGAAGCAAUCUUCGCCUUGGAACUCUGCAAAAUGUGACGAUGGUGUAUAUGGGAAACCGUGUGCUUUACCUGGAGCUGUUUAAUUUUAAAAUCAGAAAUGCUUUUUUACUGCUCAGUCAGCAACUCAGUUUUCAGUGUGCUUAUUGGCAAGUACUGACUUUUACAUUUGUAUAUGGAAUCCUUAGAAUUAAUUGAGGAAAAUAUGUUCUACAUUUUGGGUUUUUAAAAAAAUCUUUCGAGGUUGAUCUUGUCAUACUGUUUUGCAGAGUAAGUGACAGGAUUUCUAACAGUUGUGUUUGUACUUAGUUUGUAUUAAAACUGUGCUGUUAUACCACCACCAACAACAAAAACUUACCCAUUAAAAUACUUAACUUGGCAUGAGGGGAGUAGGUAAGGAAAUAAAACAUGGUGGAAUCCAGGCUUGAAGGUUCUAGGAGGGAUGCCAGGUGUGUAAACUGGAAAAAAUGGAAGAGCCAUCUGACUUUGCUAAAAACACAGCCAACAUGUGACCCUGGAGUACAUGGAUGAAGUAGCAAGGAACGAUAAUGUGCAAGUGAGGAAGUCUAUUAGCUUCAUUGGUUCAGGAAAAGGACCUCAGUCAAAAGGCUACGCUGGUGCGAAUCAAAGCAGAAUGGGGAUGUCAAAAACCAUGAUCCUUCCACCGGAACUGAAGACAGCAGAAAAAAUGAAUAUUUCUGGCACAAAGACGGUUCAGGUAUUUGAUAAUGAUGGAGUUGACGUCACUCCGCGGCCUCUUUACCACCCAGACCCACUGACUGGGACCACAAAGCUGAGUAAACUCUUGACAUCCCAGGAAGGUUCACUUGGGUCAGAAUUCAUAUCUUCCUACAGCCUUUAUCAGAACACUUUAAACCCGAGUGUGCUAGGGCAGUUUACAAGGUCAGUUAUAGGAAGCAGCACAAUUUCUAAGUCCAGCGUAUCAACCACUGAAUCAAUAGCGGAAGUCAUUGAAGAGCCAUUGUAUAAGCAGGAGAGACUGGCUAGUUUCACAGAUGUACGAGUUAUGAGGGUGACACCCGAGACAAUUCUAACAAAAGAAGAUCUGGAGAAGGACAUAGAGAUAAUGCUCACUGAGACGGAGACACUGAGGAUUUUUGACUUGCCAACAGUCAUGAUCUCUAUAGAGUCCGAAGAGGCUGAGAAAAUAGUCCAGAGAAACAAGAAAUACGACACCCUGUGUAAGAACAGAGCUGGCAACGACCUGUACGUGGAGAGGAUGAUGCAGACGUUCAAUGGGGCUCCGAAGCACAAGGAUGUGCAGUGCGACAGGGUCGUGAUGGAGGACAAAGGCAUAAUGUCUACAGUCUGGGAUUUGUAUGAUUCUUACAAUGCUCUGGAACUUCUGUCUUCAUCCACCAAACAGCCUUCAAUGGAGACAGGCAGGCCCGGUGCACUCCCUAAGGACCGGGACCAGAGGCCACCAGACAGUGAGGCUAGUUCUCUGAUGGAUAUAGAAAAUGUAAUUCUGAACAAGAUUCCGGAAGAUGAGGAGGACCAUUCAGAGGCAAUACUGAAAUCGGACCGGUUUCAUCAGGACUUAUUCUUCAUGGAACGGGUUCUCAUGGAAAAUGUAUUUCAGCAGAAACUUGCAGCUUAUCGCCAGCUUCCUAUUUUAAAAGAACGUAAACCUGAAGAAUCUAAAAGCUUUUUAGAAAGUCAGGAAGAUGAAGAAGAGGUAGAGGAAGACGUGAAGAAGGAGAAGGAGGAGGAGCUGCACAGGGAGGAGCCGACCAUUCCCGCCAACCUGGAGCGGCUCUGGUCCUUCUCCUGCGACGUGACCAAAGGCCUCAACGUGAGCAGCCUCGCCUGGAAUAAAGCAAAUCCAGACCUUUUGGCUGUUGGUUAUGGGCACUUUGGAUUUAAAGAACAAAAAAGAGGGCUGGCUUGCUGUUGGUCAAUAAAGAAUCCCAUGUGGCCAGAGCGUAUUUACCAGAGUCCCUUUGGAGUUACUGCUUUGGAUUUUUCCAUCGGAGCACCUAACCUUUUAGCGGUUGGCUACUACAACGGCACAGUCGCCAUUUACAAUGUGCAGAGCACUGUUAACAUCCCCGUCUUGGACAGCAGUGAAUCACCUCAGAAGCAUCUGGGACCUAUAUGGCAACUACAGUGGAUAGAACAAGAUCGAGGCACCACAGGCGAAGACAAAAGAGAAAUACUAGUUUCUAUCUCCGCCGACGGGAGAAUCUGCAAAUGGGUGAUACGGAAAGGACUGGACUGUCAUGAUUUGAUGCGUUUAAAGCGGACCACUGCUGGCAGCAAUAAAAAAGGAGCUGAAAAGGAGAAGAAGGGUGAGGUGGCUCUGAUAUCCCGGCAGGCACCCGGGAUGUGCUUUGCUUUCCACCCCAAGGACACAAACAUCUAUUUGGUUGGCACUGAAGAAGGUUAUAUUCACAAAUGUUCUUGUUCCUAUAAUGAACAAUAUCUAGAUACCUACAGAGGGCAUAAGGGUCCAGUGUAUAAAGUAACCUGGAACCUGUUUUGUCCUGACGUGUUUCUCAGCUGCUCUGCAGACUGGGGUGUCCUAAUUUGGCAGCAGGAGAGCACCAAGCCGUUUUUGAGUUUUUACCCAACUACUCAUGUCAUUUACGAUGUUGCCUGGUCUCCAAAGUCAUCCUACAUAUUUGCAGCUGCAAAUGAAAGUAGAGUGGAGAUUUGGGACCUUCACAUCAGCACUUUGGAUCCUCUGAUUGUGAAGGUUGCUAAUCCUGGAAUCAAGUUCACAACCAUCCUCUUUGCCAAGCAAACAGAUUGCCUCCUGGUGGGUGACAGUGAUGGGCAAGUCGCUGUGUAUGAACUGAGAAAUAUGCCUGUUGCUCUGGAUUCUGGCCGGGGAGAUAUAAUAAAUGCUGUGCUUGGAUCCAAGUCAAACCAGCCGGGAUGAUUCCUCAUUCCUAAUGUCUUUUUUGUUGUUGUUUAAAGAAAAAGGAAUGAUGUUUAAUAUCCAAUAGUCCAUAUUGUAUAACUUCCACUUAAUUUGGUAUAAACUUAAUGAACUUUUAUUUUAGAGAUGCUCAGUUAGUUUGCGAUCUAAGCUAAAAGUUAUUCUAAUUAAGAGUGAGUUUUGUUAGAAUUUUUAACAUUUUUCUGAAGAUAUUCCCACUGUUUGGUCAUAUACCAAGUCCAUAUAAGUACAUAUAUGUAGCUAUAAAAAGUUCAAAUAGGCUAGAAAAUUAUUAUUCCUUUAGAAGGAAAACUUAGAAACUACUACUAAAGUGAAAUCUUCAUAAGACAAAAUUCCAUUGACUUUUAAAACUUCCGCUUUCCAAGCUAUUUAGCAGGCUGUGUAAUUAUGCCUUUUGCUAGCAUGAUGAGAACAGGGGAUUUUCCUACCCAACUUUGAAUCAGAAUUUCAUCCUACAUCUGAGAGCUACAGCCAUAUCACUUCCUUAAACAAUUUGACAGGCAAAAGACACGGCAGCAAAUACCAGGACGGUAUUUUCUGGCCAGUGGGCGUCACAUUCCCAAUUCAAAGAGAAAAGUUACUCUGGGACGCAUCAGGGCACCCCACCCCCACCCCACAUGCCUAGAAUCUGCUUUGGAUUUUAAGCCCAAAUGAAAUGGACACAGAGAGGAAACAGGUCUCUGAUUCCUAGGCCAUAUCAAGAUGUUAUGUUAUGGAAGGUUCUGAGUAAAGCUGUGAGAUGGAGGUGAGGCUGUGGGCUGCAGACGGGUGACCGCCCAUCCCUGCGGCUGGCCUUCCUCCCUGCAUGAGUAGUGGGUUUGUUAACUGAGACUGCAGGAGGCUGCCGCCUGGUCUAUGGAGCACUGAGCGGGGAGGACGGGCUGGGGCGGAUGACAGGCACUAAACUCUCUGGGAAAACGCGCAUCUGUUACAAACUGAGAAUGCAAUCAGUGUGAUCGUAAUGGAAACCACCUUUCACUACUGCUUCACAAUCUCCAUUUCCUCGGAGCCCCCCUUUAAACAAAAGCAAGGUGGGGUGGCGCCUGUGGCUCAAAGGAGUCGGGCGCUGGCCCCAUAUGCCGGAGGUAGCGGGUUCAAACCCAGUCCCAGCCAAAAAAAUUUAAAAACUGCAAAAAAGUAAAUAAACAAAAGCAAGGCAAGUUCUAGGUGGAUUCUGAGCUCAGGUUGGGUUACAAGGUCAUUUAUGUUCCAGGGUGUAAGUCAUUGUGAUUAUCUCUGCCUUUGUCUCUCUGAAAGAUUGGACUUUCCAUGAUUUGUGUAAGAAAAUAAAAACCUGACUUAACUGAAAAACCUGUGUUCCUUUUUUAUGUAUUAUUUUUAUUUAUUUAUUUCUGCAGAGAUGGGGUUUCACAAUAUUGGUCAGGAUACUCUUGAACUCCUCGCCUCAAUCAAUCGUUUUCCAUAAUUAAGGCUUUAUCCUAAGUGACAGUGCCCGUGAACUUGGUGUUUCUAGGUGUUCUCCGAGGGGCCUUGCCCUUCUGUUAGGAACAUCUUCCUCCCUCGUCAGCAUGGUAACUCUUGCUCAGUUCGUCCUCACCUUCUCAGAAGAGCCCUCCCUGAGCUCCCCAAGUCCUCCCAACCAGCCACACUGAGCUUGGCCCUCCGUGUUCUCAAGCCCCGGUGCAGUUCCCUGAUCGCACUCCUCCAGAUCACAGUUAGAGAUUUAUGUUUUCAUCCUUGGUUUUCAUUACCUCUCCUCUCAAAUUGGCAGCUCUAUGCUCAUUAGUUUAAGGAGACACAUAAAGUGAUAGUAAAUCAGUGACUUUUGUUUUACAAAAGCGUAAGACUUAGGAAAAACGUUCGGGACACAGACCGGGCAUCUUGAACGUAAAGUGUGAAGUUUCCUUGGGCGUGGGGGACGAGGAAGAGAAGGGUCUCAGGGUCCCCAGCAGAGAGCAGACCCCUGUCCUGAUUCUAGAGUGCAUUUUCUGGGAACUAAGACUUGAAAAAGAACUCAGCUUUGAAAACCAUCCCCAUCCAAUGAAUGCCGCGCGGCAGUGGCAAAGAACCGCUGGGACUGACCCCAACUCUGAUGACAGAAGGGCCUUGGCACGGAGUGAGACGCUGUAGUGACGUCAAGGGAGUUACUUUGGGUUGGGGGAGACCAAGCCUGCGAAGCACCCGCUUGUUCUGUGUGUUGUUUAUUUCCAGCUGAGCAGGAGGGAGCUGUGUGGUCAGGAACCAGCAGAGUCCUGGAGAUGGCUUGUCUCCCUCAGAUGGCAGAGUCCCGGAGACUCGCACCUGCAGUGCUCAGCGCCGGCCCCCAGGGCAGGGACAGUGCAGUCAUGUGGU